AUGAAAACCAUCAAGCCACUGAAGGGACGUCAGAUGGACAGCUACGAGAAGGAUGUGGAUGGAGGUGGUACAGGCGUGACAACAAACAUGGCCCGCGAUGUGAAAGCCACAACCGUUGCCAAGUUACCAAUCAGCAUGAAGGAUGGACGCGCCAAGUACGUGGCCGUGCGAAAAUUCAGAGGUCAAGUCUAUGUCGACGUUCGAGAUUACUACGAGUCAAAUGGGCAGUACUUUCCGACUAAAAAAGGUAUCCCCUUAUCUGCGAGGGAAUUCAAAGCAGUCCUGAUGAUUUCUAAGAACAUCAACCGUGCAAUCUACAGUGGAGAAAACCAGUAG